GAGAACCGGAUGAAGUGGCGGCCGUGAGGCCGAGCCGGGAGCGGGCGUCGCGCCGAGGCCCGAGCUGGUGGGGAGCAACGGCCGCGGACGCCGCGGUACCGCAUCGUUGAGGGACGGGGGCAGGCGGGGAGCGCUGGGCGCUCGGGCCGGGGCCGCCGGCGCCAUGGGCAACCGCGGGAUGGAAGAACUGAUUCCGCUUGUCAACAAGCUACAGGACGCCUUCAGCUCCAUCGGUCAGAGCUGCCACCUGGACUUGCCUCAGAUCGCCGUGGUGGGCGGCCAGAGCGCGGGCAAGAGCUCGGUGCUUGAGAACUUCGUGGGCCGGGACUUCCUUCCCCGAGGUUCAGGAAUCGUCACGCGGCGGCCUCUCAUUCUGCAGCUCAUCUUCUCAAAAACAGAAUAUGCUGAGUUUUUGCACUGCAAGUCCAAAAAGUUUACAGACUUUGACGAAGUCCGACAGGAGAUCGAAGCAGAGACCGACAGGGUCACGGGGACCAACAAAGGCAUUUCCCCAGUGCCCAUCAACUUGCGGGUCUACUCGCCACACGUGUUGAACCUGACCCUCAUCGACCUCCCGGGCAUCACCAAGGUACCUGUGGGGGACCAACCCCCAGACAUAGAGUACCAGAUCAAAGACAUGAUCCUGCAGUUCAUCAGCCGGGAGAGCAGCCUCAUCCUCGCUGUCACCCCUGCCAACAUGGACCUGGCCAACUCAGAUGCCCUCAAGUUAGCCAAGGAGGUUGACCCACAAGGCCUGCGGACCAUUGGCGUCAUCACCAAGCUUGACCUGAUGGAUGAGGGCACCGAUGCCAGGGAUGUCCUGGAGAACAAGCUGCUCCCCUUGAGAAGAGGCUACAUUGGUGUGGUGAACCGAAGCCAGAAGGACAUAGAGGGCAAGAAAGACAUUCGUGCAGCACUGGGGGCCGAGAGGAAGUUCUUUCUCUCCCACCCAGCCUACCGGCACAUGGCUGAUCGCAUGGGCACCCCACACCUGCAGAAGACUCUGAAUCAGCAACUGACCAACCACAUCAGGGAGUCACUGCCAACCUUGCGCAGCAAGCUGCAGAGCCAGCUGCUGUCCCUGGAAAAGGAGGUGGAGGAAUACAAGAACUUCCGGCCUGACGACCCUACACGUAAAACCAAAGCCCUGCUGCAGAUGGUACAGCAGUUUGGUGUGGACUUCGAAAAGAGAAUUGAGGGCUCUGGAGACCAAGUGGACACGCUGGAACUCUCUGGGGGCGCCCGAAUCAAUCGCAUCUUCCAUGAGCGGUUUCCUUUUGAGCUGGUGAAGAUGGAGUUCGAUGAAAAGGACUUAAGACGGGAGAUCAGCUAUGCCAUUAAGAACAUUCAUGGUGUCAGGACGGGGCUCUUCACCCCUGAUAUGGCCUUUGAAGCCAUAGUGAAAAAACAGAUUGUAAAACUCAAAGAGCCAAGUUUGAAGUGUGUUGAUCUCGUGGUCUCAGAACUGGCCACAGUCAUUAAAAAGUGUGCUGAGAAGCUCAGCUCCUACCCCCGGUUGAGAGAGGAGACAGAGCGAAUUGUCACCACUUACAUCCGCGAACGGGAGGGGAGAACCAAGGACCAGAUUCUUCUUCUCAUCGACAUCGAGCAGUCUUACAUCAACACGAACCAUGAGGACUUCAUCGGAUUUGCCAAUGCCCAGCAGAGGAGCACACAGCUGAACAAGAAGAGAGCCAUUCCCAACCAGGGGGAGAUCUUGGUGAUCCGCAGAGGCUGGCUAACUAUCAACAACAUCAGCCUCAUGAAAGGCGGCUCCAAGGAGUACUGGUUUGUGCUGACAGCCGAGUCUCUUUCCUGGUACAAAGAUGAGGAGGAGAAGGAGAAGAAGUACAUGCUGCCGUUGGACAACCUUAAAAUCCGCGAUGUGGAGAAGGGCUUCAUGUCCAAUAAGCAUGUCUUUGCCAUCUUCAACACGGAGCAAAGGAAUGUCUACAAGGACCUGCGGCAGAUCGAGCUAGCCUGUGACUCUCAGGAGGACGUGGACAGUUGGAAGGCCUCGUUCCUCCGAGCUGGUGUCUACCCUGAGAAGGACCAGGCAGAAAACGAGGAUGGAGUGCAGGAAAACACAUUCUCCAUGGACCCGCAGCUAGAACGCCAGGUGGAGACCAUUCGCAACCUCGUGGACUCCUAUGUGGCCAUCAUCAACAAGUCCAUCCGCGACCUCAUGCCAAAGACCAUCAUGCACCUCAUGAUCAACAAUACAAAGGCCUUCAUCCACCAUGAACUACUUGCCUACCUAUACUCAUCGGCAGACCAGACCAGCCUCAUGGAGGAGUCAGCUGACCAGGCCCAGCGGCGGGAUGACAUGCUACGCAUGUACCAUGCACUCAAGGAGGCACUCAACAUCAUUGGGGACAUCAGCACUAGCACUGUGUCCACACCUGUGCCCCCACCCGUUGAUGACACCUGGCUCCAGAGCACCAGCAGCCACAGCCCCACUCCGCAGCGCCGACCUGUGUCCAGCGUGCACCCCCCGGGCCGGCCCCCAGCAGUGAGGGGCCCCACCCCAGGGCCUCCCCUGAUACCCAUGCCGGUGGGGUCAGCAGCCACCUUCUCAGCACCUCCCAUCCCAUCCCGGCCCAUACCCCAGAACCUGUUUGCCAAUAAUGACCCCUUCUCGGCCCCGCCUCAGAUCCCAUCUCGGCCUGCUCGGAUUCCACCUGGCAUCCCUCCUGGAGUACCCAGCAGAAGACCCCCGGCUGCGCCCAGCCGGCCCACCAUUAUCCGCCCAGCCGAGCCAUCCCUGCUCGACUAGGCUGCAGGGGCACUUUCUGUGGGGUUCCUUUUGCACCCUCAGUGCAGGAGCUUUGUUGGUUUGGGCCCCUCUGCAGCCUCUGGCCCUCCAGUCCCCAUGUCAGGCCCAGGCUCCCUGAUUCUUUCCUAACCCUGGGCUAGUUGGCGGCUGGCCUGGCCCCUAUCCCCAGCUGGACAUGGCACUGAAUGAAGGGGCCCUAGAGCCUCAGGGGGGAGGAGGGUGACUUGGGUGUUGCACUUUGUGGGAUGAGGCCUGCCUCGGAUAGCAGAGGAGGGAACUGGACCCUGAGCACCAUCUUGGUGAGGGAUCCCAGCUGGUAUAAUUGGGACUCACCUAGGGGCUUCUCUGGCCUAGAAAGCCUGAGUAGACCAGACCUUCUGGAAACUGGACACCAAGGGUGGCUAUACCCUUAGUCCUUGCUGGGGUGCAAGGAGUGUGUUCAUUUCUCAGCAGCAGGAGCUCCUGGUGGCAAGCCAGGAGCAGGUCCAGUGAUGCGUGCCCUGCCCAGUUGUACAUAUUCCUUCCUUGGCCGUAUUAACCACACGGCCCAGCCUUGGCUGACAGAGGUGCCUUUGCCAGGUCCGGAACCCUCAGCUCCGCUGGCCUCAUUCUUUUCCCUAGACCCCCUCUUCCUCCUGGGUCCUCAGAGUGGCCUGGGUUCAGGGCUGAGUGGGUGGGGAGGUUAUGGGGGCCCUUGAUUCCUACCCAAGCCUCCUACACGGGGCGGGCCCCAAGUGGCCACUCUCUGAGCAGACCUCACUCACUGCUCGCUCAGUUUGACCACUGUAAGUGCCUGCACUCUGUAAUCUAUUAAUAAACUAAAAUAAAGGGAAGAAGCUUCUGGUGGCUGCUGUGUGGGCCUUU